CGAUUGGUUGAGACUGGAGUAAUGAUGGCGGCCUGACGGCUACUCACCGCUGUUCUGGUCUGAUCGCUAAAGUAUGCUGAGAUGUUUUAGCCGGUCAGCCGAGUUAUCCGCGUCCCUCCCGAUUUUAAAGGAUUUUGCACGUUUUCGUCAGCCCUUCAGAGUCAUUUCGAACUUCAAAAUGAGUGACCCAGCAGUAAAGAGGGUGGUGAGUACCAUCAUUCGCUCUCCAGAAGACAAGCGCGAGUACAGAGGACUGGAGUUUACAAAUGGCCUGAAAGCCAUUCUUAUCAGUGACCCCACCACAGACAAGUCAUCAGCUGCACUUGACGUCCACAUAGGUUCAUUAUCAGAUCCUCCAAAGAUUUCCGGUUUGGCACAUUUCUGUGAGCACAUGCUGUUUCUGGGCACCGAGAAGUACCCGAAGGAAAACGAGUACAGUCAGUUCCUGAGUGAGCACGCAGGUAGCUCCAAUGCCUUCACCAGCGGAGAACACACCAACUACUACUUUGACGUGUCCCAUGAACAUCUGCAGGGAGCUCUGGAUAGGUUUGCACAGUUCUUCCUGUGUCCUCUGUUUGACGAGAGCUGUAAGGACCGUGAAGUGAAUGCUGUGGACUCUGAGCACGAGAAGAACCUGAUGAACGAUGCCUGGAGACUGUUUCAGCUGGAGAAGGCCACUGGAAACCCUGAUCACCCCUUUAGCAAAUUUGGAACAGGAAAUAAAUUGACCUUGGAAACACGGCCUUCACAAGAUGGCAUUGACAUUCGUCAGGAGCUGCUGAAAUUUCACUCAACAUUUUAUUCUUCAAACCUAAUGGGACUUUGUGUUCUGGGGAGAGAAUCUCUGGAUGAUUUGGCCUCUAUGGUUGUCAAGCUCUUUGGAGAGGUAGAGAACAAAUCUGUGCCUAUUCCUGAGUUCCCUGUGCACCCCUUUCAGGAAGAGCAUCUUAGGCAAUUUUAUAAGGUGGUACCAAUAAAGGACAUCAGGAACCUGUAUGUGACCUUCCCCAUCCCUGACCUGCAGAAAUACUACAAGUCUAACCCUGGGCAUUAUCUGGGCCACCUGAUUGGACACGAGGGUCCUGGAAGCCUGCUGUCAGAAUUAAAAUCUAAAGGCUGGGUCAACACUUUAGUCGGAGGACAGAAAGAGGGAGCCAAAGGUUUCAUGUUCUUCAUUAUCAAUGUGGAUCUAACAGAAGAAGGACUGUUGCAUGUAGAGGACAUUAUCUUCCACAUGUUUCAGUACAUUCAGAAGCUGCGUACAGAAGGCCCUCAAGAGUGGGUCUUUCAGGAGUGUAAGGAUUUGAACACGGUGGCCUUCAGGUUCAAGGAUAAAGAACGUCCACGCGGAUACACCUCUAAAGUGGCUGGGCUGUUGCAUUACUAUCCACUGGAGGAGAUUCUUGCUGCAGAGUACAUGCUGGAGGACUUCAGACCAGACCUUAUAGAGAUGGUGCUGGAUAAGUUGAGACCGGAGAAUGUAAGGGUCGCUGUCGUCUCCAAGUCGUUUGAAGGACAGACUGACAAGACCGAAGAAUGGUACGGGACACAGUACAAACAGGAAUCGAUCUCUGAUGAGGUCAUUAAGAAAUGGCAAAAUGCUGAUUUGAAUGGCAAAUUCAAACUCCCUAUGAAGAACGAAUUCAUUCCCACCAACUUUGAGAUAUACCCUCUUGAGAAGGACUCACCAUCCUAUCCCACUCUGAUCAAGGACACGGCAAUGAGCAAAGUGUGGUUCAAACAGGACGACAAAUUCUUCCUGCCCAAGGCCUGUCUGAACUUUGAGUUCUUUAGUCGCUACCUAUAUGCAGACCCCCUCCACUGCAACAUGACCUACCUGUUUCUCAGGUUGGUGAAGGAUGAUUUAAAAGAGUAUACAUAUGCAGCCCGACUGGCAGGGCUGAACUAUGGCAUAUCCUCAGCAAUGAAUGCCAUCCUCCUUUCAGUAAAGGGCUAUAAUGACAAACAGCACAUCCUGCUGAAGAAGAUCGUUGAGAAAAUGGCCACGUUUGAAAUUGAUGAGAAACGCUUUGACAUCAUCAAGGAGGCGUACAUGAGAUCUCUGAAUAACUUCCGAGCCGAGCAGCCUCACCAGCAUGCCAUGUACUACCUGCGUCUGCUCAUGACUGAGGUGGCCUGGACCAAAGAUGAGCUCAAAGAAGCUCUGGAUGAUGUCACCCUUCCCCGCCUCAAGGCCUUCAUACCUCAGCUGUUGUCACGGUUACACAUUGAAGCACUGCUGCAUGGCAACAUCACCAAACAGUCUGCUCUCAGUAUGAUGCAGAUGGUGGAGGACACACUCAUCGAGCAUGCUCACACCAAGCCCCUCCUCCCCAGCCAGCUGAUUCGCUACAGGGAGGUGCAGGUUCCGGAUGGUGGCUGGUAUGUUUACCAGCAGAGAAAUGAGGUCCAUAAUAACUGUGGCAUCGAGAUCUACUACCAGACAGACAUGCAGACCACUCACGACAACAUGCUGCUGGAGCUCUUCUGCCAGAUCAUCUCUGAGCCAUGCUUUAAUACACUGCGCACCAAAGAACAGCUGGGUUACAUUGUGUUCAGUGGCCCUCGCAGGGCUAAUGGCGUACAGGGACUUCGCUUCAUCAUCCAGUCAGAAAAGGCCCCUCAUUACCUGGAGUCACGGGUGGAGGCCUUUCUGAAGACCAUGGAGAAGAGUGUGGAGGAGAUGAGUGAUGAAGCCUUCCAGAAACACAUUCAGGCUUUGGCCAUCCGCCGUCUCGACAAGCCCAAGAAACUGGCAGCCGAGUGCGCCAAGUACUGGGGUGAGAUCAUAUCCCAGCAGUACAACUUCGACAGAGAUAAUAUUGAAGUUGCCUACCUGAAGACGUUAUCUAAAGACAACAUCAUGCAGUUUUACCGGGAUCUGUUGGCUAUAGAUGCUCCUAAGAGACACAAGGUUUCGGUGCAUGUGCUUUCUCGGGAGAUGGACUCCUGCCCUGUAGUGGGUGAAUUUCCUGCUCAAAAUGAUGUCAAUCUGGCUCCUGCUCCUUCCCUGCCUCAGCCGGUGCUGGUGCAGGACAUGACUGAAUUCAAGAGAAGUCUGCCUCUCUUCCCUCUCGCGAAACCUCACAUCAACUUCAUGGCUGCCAAACUGUGAGCGACACCAGCAGCUACAGGGCAUCAGGGGACUGACUGGCUGACACAUAAAGUGAGCAGUUCCCGGAGUUCGGGAGCCAGUAACACCAUCUUCUGACUGUGGGCGCGUGUGUGUGUGUGAGAGGGACUGGGUGUGAGUGUGUGUGUAAAUGUGAGAGAUUGGUCUAGCAGAGCCAUAGCAGUGGUAAUUCACCGUGUUGGCAGUGCUGUAAAUCUUUGCUCAGUCGCUGAGGAGCUGCAUAAAUUCACUUCACUUAGGAUGUCAGUUGUACAGCCAGUAAACACACAUUGUGAAGACUGUUUUAGAAAUAUACAAAAAUCACGUUUCCCUGAUCAGGAAUAAUAUUUCGUGUAGAUGUUGAAUGUUGACCACAGGGAUUUAUUAUUUCUUUUUAAGCUGAGUGUUUAGUCACAAUGAAAGGUUUGAAUCUUUAGUUUCUGACAUGCUGGAAAAAGCUGGAAUUUUAUUUCUCUUAUUUCUGCAUGUUUACAGAACAGAGAACAUUUUGGCAAUUUUUGCUUUUUUAAGAAAACUUCCUCAGAAUCUGUUAAAUGCACUUAUGCCAUUCUUGUAUAUAAAUAUAUAUUUUUCCUUUUUGUGUGCAGUUUGAUAGCAGACAGCGCAGAUUAGAACAGGAAGUGGCAGACACCAUGAGCUUUAUUGUUGUUACUCUUGUUUAUUUCUUUUAUAUAUGAAGUAAACUAAGUUGUAGACACGUUAAAAGCAUUUUAUUUGACCUGUUUUCAGGCCAUGCUGUCUGUUUAGGCUACUAACCAGGACAGUUUCACUGCUUGCUCCUGUCAUCUAGGAAGAUAGCUACUGUUGAACAGCGUCAGGCAGCAGAUACUGCUGACAGGGAGGCUUCCAACACUGCACAACCACUGGUGAGAAUACACACCAUUAUUAGAGCAAAUAGAAAGGCUAUAACUUUUCCAGGCUAUUACACUGUGUACGAUUAAACUGCGCACACUCAGGAAAAAAUUACAUCAGUGGAUUCAUUUGAGGACAAAGUGUUUAAUUGCCAAGAUGUUGAACUUUUGAGCCCAUCACCCAAAACUGUACCAUUUGACGACACUGAGUUUAAAGAAGCUUGUGCAGAAAAUUAUUGUCUUUAAAAAAAUGUUUAUGUACUCAUUUAUUUUGGCCUUAAAGGAAUAUUUUAAUCAAAUGUUCAGGUUUUUAAAUCUGAUAUAUUGUUUUUUAUUUGAACUAGUUUGAGUGUUGGUUUGCUUUGGAGGAGCUGUUUUAGGCUACUGAAUAGACGGGCUUGAAGUUCAAUUUUAUCCCAUUUGCUUUCUUAAGGAUGAUUUUGCAAAACAAAAAAAAGGCCUGCUCAAGGUGGCUUCAUUUAUGGUUUUUAAUUUUAUUUGAGGUUGAAGGAGAACUAUAAUAAAUGAUUUUUAAAUAUCA